CUGCUGGAGCGGCAGGCAGCAGCAGUAGAUGCUGUCCCAUCAUCAGAUCACACCCAACGGGGCCGCAGCGCACCGCUCCUCCGGCACCAACACCAUGACACCCAGAUUCAAAACCGCAAUCUGAGCCGCACCGAGGACAAGACCGGCGGAGGACCGCGAGCUACGGGACGCGGAGACAUACGCGCGCGCACACGUACACACGCAAUCACGCACACAAGGUAGGGGUUGGGGGGAGAGAGACGAAUAUUGCAGCGACCAGCAGUCAGAGAACACGGGAACGCCGACCGAGGCGAACUCCACUGCCCCGCGGAACUGCGCUUUUCGCCCCCUGAGAGACGCGUCCCACUCGGACACCCGUGAGAAAAAUUAGUCCCUGCUGAGUCCGUUCACGCCACAAAAUGUCAUCGUCGGGCAAGGACGCCAACAGCGGGCAUUACGCCAACUAUGUGGGACCGUACCGCUUGGAGAAGACGCUGGGCAAAGGACAGACAGGUCUCGUGAAGCUGGGCGUCCACUGUGUCACGUGUCAGAAAGUCGCCAUAAAGAUUGUCAACAGAGAAAAGCUCAGCGAGUCUGUUCUUAUGAAGGUGGAGCGGGAGAUAGCCAUCCUCAAACUCAUAGAGCAUCCCCACGUUUUAAAGCUGCACGACGUCUACGAAAAUAAGAAAUACCUGUAUCUGGUGCUAGAGCACGUGUCCGGGGGGGAGCUCUUCGACUACCUGGUGAAGAAGGGCCGGUUAACACCUAAAGAGGCCAGAAAGUUCUUCAGACAGAUCAUCUCCGCCCUGGACUUCUGCCACAGCCACUCCAUAUGCCACAGAGAUUUGAAGCCCGAGAACUUGUUGUUAGACGAGAAGAACAACAUCAGGAUAGCAGACUUUGGCAUGGCGUCUCUGCAGGUCGGGGACAGUCUGCUGGAGACCAGCUGUGGAUCUCCGCACUACGCCUGCCCAGAGGUUAUCAGGGGGGAGAAGUAUGACGGGAGGAAAGCAGAUGCGUGGAGCUGUGGAGUCAUCCUGUUUGCACUUUUAGUGGGCGCUCUGCCUUUUGACGACGACAACCUGAGGAAUCUUUUGGAGAAGGUGAAGCUGGGAGUUUUCCACAUGCCUCACUUCAUCCCUCCGGACUGUCAGAACCUUCUGCGCGGCAUGAUUGAAGUGGACGCCACCAAGAGGCUCACGUUAGAGCAGAUCCAGAAGCACACGUGGUACCUAGCUGGGAAGAACGAGCCUGAGCCGGAGCAGCCCGUCCCCAGGAAGGUGGCCAUCAGGACGCUGGCUGCGGCCGAGGAGAUCGACCCCGACGUACUGGAGAGCAUGCACUCUCUGGGCUGCUUCAGAGACAAGGACAAACUGACCAAAGACCUGCUGUCUGAGGAUGACAACCAGGAAAAGAUGAUCUACUUCCUCCUCCUGGACCGUAAAGAGAGAUAUCCCAGCCACGAGGACCAGAACCUGCCGCCGCGCAACGAGAUCGCAGACCCUCCCAGGAAGCGUGUGGACUCGCCCAUGUUGAGCCGCCACGGCAAACGGAGGCCGGAGAGGAAGUCCAUGGAGGUGCUGAGCGUCACGGAGGGCGGGUCUCCCGUACCGGUACGGCGAGCCAUCGACAUGGCAACACACGGUCAGAGCAAAUCUGUUUUCAGUAAAAGCUUGGAUAUCACAAACGCUAACUGCAGCAAGGAGGAAAGAUCGCGGUCGAUCAGCGGAGCGUCCUCCGGUCUGUCCACCAGUCCUCUCAGCAGCCCCCGGCCCCAUCGUCGGUUUUUCAUUCCGCCCCAGUCCCCAGACCUGUGUCAGUCCCCCAACUGCAGCCCCACCCACUCCCCCGAGGUCCGCCUCAACGGGGUGGGGCCCCGCACGCCCAACUCCUACCAGCCAAAGAUGGGGUCCCCCCUCAUGCACCCUCGCACGCAGACCCUCCCCGCCAAGCCCAAAGUGUCCGAGAAGCCCCUGCAGACCACCAGGUCCAACCCGCUCCCCAACUCAGCCCAGACCCCCUCCACCCCCAAAUCAGAGCCCUCCACGCCCUGCCAGUCUCUGGCUCCCUGCACCCCCAACAGCCCCCGGGUGAGACGCCACCCUCCCCUGACCGUCCCCCCAAAACUCUCCAUCCCUCUCUCCCCCGUGCCUCCUAUGUCUCCCCUCCGCCGCCACCACCUCCACCCUGACCACAACGGCAAAUCUGUCCCCAUCACGCAGGUGACCCCUCACCCCUCCCCAAGGGGGAGCCCUCUUCCCACCCCCAAAGGCACCCCAGUGCACACGCCCAAGGACAGCCCGGCUGGCACGCCCAGCCCAACGCCCCCGCCCAGCCCCUCCAUUGGCGGCAUGCCCUGGAGGACGCGCCUCAACUCCAUCAAGAACAGCUUCCUGGGCUCGCCGCGCUUCCACCGCAGGAAAAUGCAAGUUCCCACCCAGGAGGACAUGUCCAGCCUCACCCCAGACUCCUCUCCAGAACUGGCUAAGAAGUCGUGGUUCGGUAACUUCAUCAACCUGGAGAAAGAGGAGCAGAUCUUCAUCGUGAUCAGAGACAAACCUCUCAGCUCCAUAAAGGCCGACAUCGUCCACGCCUUCCUCUCUAUUCCCAGUCUGAGCCACAGCGUCAUCUCUCAGACCAGUUUCCGGGCAGAGUACAAGUCCACAGCCGGUCCAACGGUUUUCCAGAAGCCUGUGAAGUUCCAGGUGGACAUCACCUACACCGAGAGCACCAGCGCCACCAAGGAGAACGGCAUCUACUCCGUCACCUUCACCCUGCUCUCAGGUCCGAGCCGACGUUUCAAGCGUGUGGUGGAGACCAUCCAGGCUCAGCUGCUCAGCUCCGACCAGCCCGGCGUCCAGCCGCAGAUAUCUGGCAGCCCGUUGAGUAACUUCUUUGACGUAAUUAAACAGCUUUUUUCAGACGAGAAGAACAUCCAAGCGUCCCACUCCCCUGGCGCCCCCGCCACGCCUAGCUCCCCCGCCAAGCAUGCCCCCAGCAGCAAGCCCAACCAGCCCCCACCCAAUGACUCUAAAUGCCCCCCAAGCAAAGACAAAACAAAGAUGGCCGCCAGCAACAGGACACAGGAACAACCUUAAGGAGCGGUAGCUGUGCAUGAGUAGACGAAGCGGUUUCAGGUCAUUAACGAGAGCGACAGAGGAGAGCUGCUAACUUUGCCCUUUAGUUAGGAGUGAAAACAAAACAACAAAUCUACUUUUUGCCUAUAAAUUUUCUACUGUAUCAUGUAUAAUGUAUAAUGGGAAUGGCUCUUUCAGUUUAAAAGUCCAUCAGUAUUUUACAAUAAGUAGCAAAUGUAGCUUUGUCGUCCCUACCUUCUGUCCCUCUCUGUGUCCUCGGGGGUCUUUCGGUGGGUGUGUGUCCUCCUCACAUGUGUGAUGGCUUGACUUGUCUCUGCCACCAGGGAUCAUCCAUAAUAACUAUUAACCUCGGCGGCUCCUCGAGACCGGGCCGACAGCGGCCCACUCACGGCCUGCCACCGUCAAGAGAGUCCGAAUCUGAAGAAAAGACAGAGGAACCCCCCCCCCCCCCUCCUUCCCUCCCUCUCUCCCUCUUCGAGUCCUCAUCAGUAGAGUCCACUUGGCCCCUCCAGACCAAACACAGAGACCAGAGACGUCUCAGAAGAGUUAUAAAAGAAAAAAAAAGCCUUAAGACAGUGAUGUUUGUCAAUCUACACACACAUCCCCUCUCCUCCUCCUCUCUCUCUCUCUCUCUCUCUCUCCUCUCUCUCCCACAUGUACAUAAAAACACACACACUCUAUGUACUCCUCGACAUGAACAUGACUUCUUCUUUGCGGGAUGUAAAGACUUGCACACGCUGACAAACGGGAUCAGGAGCGAGCGGCGGAGGAACGUGGAGACGGACGGUCGGACAAACGCUGGCUGGAUUGUAAUUCUUUUUAACGUCGUCUUUCUUUGUGAGCGGCAGGAUGUUUCUGUGAAAGGGGAUUCUGGGAGUUAAAAGGUCACCCAUUAAAAAGUAUGAUAAGGUGGAGGGGGGGUGAUACUACAUAAAUGAAUGAUCUAUUCUGUUGUACAGACUAAAUAAUGUUCCGUAUGUACAAAAAGUGUAGUUGUGACAUUUUGUUUUUGAGUUGUGUUGCCAUGUUUUGUUUCGGCCCAGUCACACCAGCAUUUACAACGGCAGCGACAUCCGUUCAUCGCCGCGAUUGGUGGAACUUUGACAUGUGACUGCGUCAUCGUCCAAUAACAAGCCGUCGUGACAGGGCUGAGCUUUUGAGGGAACGUAGCGAGCAGCUUUGUGAGGACACAGGAGUGAUGUCUUUUAAAUAAACUCUGAACCACAGAUGCAGCUAUUAAUCGAUCGACAGCAAAUAUUUUGAUAAUUGAUUAAUAUUUUCAAGCAAAACUCCAAAUGUCAUCUGCUUUCAGCUUCUUAAAUUAGCCGUUUUUAUUUUGCCAUAUAUGACAGUACAUGUGUUAAUGUAAAUGCCGUUUUUUAAACAUUUCAUACAUUGAAUAUUUAAUCAAUUAAUAGAUAAAAUAACUGGCAGAUUAUCAGAUGAUGAAAAUAAUCGUUAGCUGCAGCUCUACUGUCCUGUUAGCAACCGAGCUAUGCUAACAGGGAGCGCUUCUUUUCCCACCUCAGGAACUCGUCACUGACUCGAUGAUGAACAGCCCUGACAACAAAAUGCUGAGGGGGAGUAAACAGCUGAGAAUAGAAGUAGUGCUAGCUAGCAUGUUCCCUACUGGAUAGCACAUUAUAGGUUAGCACAGCGGCUACGGUACUCCACUAACCAGCCCUGUGAGUCCCUACGCUGCGGUGCCACUCUGGUGUGACGAGGCCUUAUCCAUGAAAACGUCCUUUUACUUUUGCACUUUUGACAAGUGAAACGUUUGAGUUCAGUUACACCAAGUCAUUUUUUAUUUUUUAUUUUGUUGUCGUUCAGGUUCCUUUGAAUUAUCUGCAGGUUUCAGACAAUAUUGAACUGCUCUGUAUAUUUUUGUACUUUACUGUAUUUUGUCAGUUUGGGUUUUUUUUGUUAUUAAUUUAUUCUCAGUUAUUUAUAUGAAAGAUGUAGAGAAUGUUUCUUAAUGUCAAAUUAUUUAAAGAUAUUUUUGUCAUGUUUAAGUUAUUCGAAACGUCGAAACGUGAGCGCUUUGUUUCCUUUUUCCGGCUUUUGACGAAAGAAACCUUGUAAUAUACGUUUGGAAAAUGAUUUACCGUAAUUUAAGAAUGUAGACGUAGCCUCUUUGAGAGGAACAAACCCUUUGUUGAUAAUUGUCGGCUCCUGCCCCCCGCCCCCCUCCCCCCUGUGUGUACGCUGACUCAGAUCUCACCAAACACUCAUUCUGUAAAUAAGCCGAGUUUACUGACAAGCUUAUUUAAAAAAACCAAGGGGAUUCCUACUCUUAGCUUUGACCUCGUACGGUUGUUUGCAUGUUCAGCAUUCGUCUUUUCUUUGCAUGUCGUCGUUGGAAUUGUUCUCCUGUUCCCUUUUUCUCUCCACACUUAUUUAUGUAUAUGUUCUUUAUGUGCGUUUGUUUUGAUUUGCCUUUUGAUUAUUGUUGGGUUUUUUUUCUUUUUUCUUUUAUUUGAUUUCCUUCGCCGUCCUCUUGCCCUCUUCCUCCUUUUUGAUUACUGUGCGCACACAGUAACCGUGCAAUGCAUCCACCUCACUCAUUCUCUCAAAGAGGGACCUCGCUGGCGAUCGGGUCGCUCACUCAGACCAGCUGGGUGGGUGUUGGGUUAUCAGAGAGAAAAAUUAAAGCAAUACCUUCCAUUGUUCGCUUUCCUCUUUUUCUACUGUGGGAAUCCAGAGCACACAGAAUGGACUCGGAGCACGGAGCGCUACUACUGAGCAGGAUAACCACUGGCAAUGUAUUCCCUUGUGAUGUAACUGUGAACAACUUCAGUGCUAAAGGAAAUAAAUCUGUUGACUUUG